GUGUUUAUGGCAUAUUUCAAAAAUGACAUUUUUGCCCACGUGAGAAAAGAAAAUAAAUAUCACAUUAAAACGGAAAAAGAGUGCUGUGAAGAAAGUCUUUUUGAUAAUUUUAUAUUUACCACAAAAUGGCACACAUACUAAAGGAAUUAUAUGAAAAAACUAAUGAGUACACUGCUUUUUACACUGGAGGAGAUAUUCAGUGGACAACAGACGGAGGCCAAUUUCUUUGCCAAUGUGAAGAUGUAAUAAAAGUUAUUGAUAUAAACACACUUUCUAAUGUCUUAACAAUUGGCGAGGUUAAUGAAGACAAAGAGGAAACUGACCAGAUAUACACAUUCCAACUGUCUAACAACAAUGAGGUUGUAGUGACUGCACAUAAAAGUGGCUUAAUGAAACUUUGGGACAAAAAUACAGGACAACAGAAAAAAGUUUGGCGAUCUGGUCACAAAGGAGCUGUAGCUCGUCUGGCCUUUGAUUCCACAGAUACUAAUAUUGCAUCAGCAGGUUCCGACGGUAAUGUCCGAUUGUGGGAUCUAAAUCACUAUACUUGUAUCAGUAGUCUGCAUGGAGCUAUGGGUGUCUUCACAAUUGUCAAGUAUCAUCCAGAUAUAUCAAAACAAUUGAUAUUUGGUGCAGCUGAUGAUACAAAGAUAAGGUCUUGGGAUACAAAAUCUGGUAAAGAACUUCAAAUAUACUCUGGACAUUUCAGUAAAGUGACAUCUCUACUUUUUACACCUGACGGUCAACAUAUGGUCAGCUCUGGCAGAGAUAGAGUUCUUAUACUUUGGAAAAUAAAUGAAAGUAAAGCAUUGAAAGUUAUACCUGUUUAUGAGAGUAUUGAGACAGCUUUAUUGUUACCAGCAUCAUUCAGAAUCCCUAACUUCAAGAAGAAGUUAGAAAUGGAUGGCAUAUAUGUAGCAUGUGCUGGUGAGAAGGGAGUUGUUAAGGUAUGGAAUAUGCAAAUGAGCCGUCUAAUGUUUGAACAAAAUAAUAGUCUUGUUUCUCCUGCGUCUGAGGAAGGUGGAUUAGCAAUUACUCAUUUACUAUUUAAUGAAGCAAGAAAUAUGGUAUCAGUUGUUACAGUGGAUCAUAAUAUUAUUAUACAUGAUUUGGAGACUUUCAACUGUCUCAAACAAAUGAUAGGUUUUACUGAUGAAAUAUUGGAUAUAAUAUUUAUAGGAAAAGAUGAAACACAUUUUAUUGUUGCUACUAACAGCCGGGACUUAAAGCAUUAUGAAUUAGAUAAUUUGAAUUGUAAAAUUGUUAAAGGACACACUGAUAUUGUUCUGUCUCUAGCAAAUUUCCCAACAAGACCAGACAUGUUUGUAUCAUCAGGGAAAGAUAAUACAGUUAGAAUUUGGAUUAAUCAAUCUAAUAAUGAAAUACAAUGUUUAGGAGUAGGGUACAGACAUACUGCAUCUGUAGGAUCUGUAUUUACAGCUCAAACAUCAGACAAAUUUUUUGUAUCUGUAAGUCAAGAUAAUUGUUUAAAAAUCUGGGAUGUUCCCAAAAAUCAAGAUGCAAUUGAUGUUAAAUUAAAUGCAACACACACAGAAUUAGCUCAUCAAAUGGAUAUAAACUGUGUUGCUGUGUCUCCUAAUGACAAAAUCAUUGCUACAGCUUCCCAGGAUAAGACUGCUAAACUUUGGUCUGAAGAUUUAUCUCUGUUAGGUGUUUUGAAAGGACAUAGAAGGGGUAUAUGGUGUAUUAGAUUUUCGCCAGUUGACCAAGUGGUAUGCACGUCUUCCCUUAAAACAUUCGAAGGUCAUGAAAGUUCAGUACUGAAAAUAGAAUUUUUAAGUAAAGGUCAGCAGAUUAUAUCAAGUGGUGCAGACGGUCUUUUAAAACUCUGGAAUAUAAAAACAUCUGAAAGUAAAAUGUCUUUGGAUAACCAUGAUGGUAAAGUAUGGUCUAUGACAGUCAAUAAAAAUGAAUCUCUUAUAAUAACAGGAGGCUCUGAUUCAAAAUUAGUAAAACUAAAAGACGUGACAGUUGAACGCCGCGAGAAAUUAGCCAAAGAAAGAGAAGAGUUAAUUCUACAGGAGCAAGAAUUACAAAAUUUAUUACAUGAUAAGAAACUGGUAAAAGCCUUGAAAUUGGCUUUAAGAAUGGAAAGGCCCUUACAUGUCCUUAAAAUAAUUAAUGAAGUAUUAAAACAUGGACAUAAUAAGCUUUUUGAAACACUAAAAGAAAUAAAUCACACACAAAAAGAAACACUAUUAAGGUUCGCUGUAGAAUGGAAUACGAAUAAUAAAAAUUGUCACGCGGCUCAAAUAGUAUUCAAUAUACUGACUCCAGAAAUUAUUUCCGGUAAUCUAAAAGUGGCUAACUUAGAAAGUUUUAUUGAAGCAUCACUCCCGUACACUGAGCGUCACUUCGAAAGACUAACAAAUUUAUUACAAGAUUUAAAUUUUAUAACAUACACCGUUAAUUGCAUGCAACCACAUGCAGUUAAAUAUUAAAAUUUAAAAA